AUGGAGAACAACGGCAACAGGCAGCAGGCGCCGCCGCCGCCGCCACCAGGCUACCCGACGGCGGCUGCAGGCGCCGAGGAGCAGGGAGGCAGCAGGAAGGGACGCCGGGGGAAGACGACCUCGCGCGGGGAGAAAGGCUUCAUCGAAGGAUGCAUCGCGGCGCUCUGCUGCUGCUGGAUCUGCGAGAUGUGCUGCGACUAG